AUGGUCUUGUGGAUAGAAGUGGGCUCUAACCGCGCUAUUUACAUCGGAGAAUCAACCGCUGGAAAGGGCAUGGCGCAAAAUUCGGGUAUCACGAAGCUUGCCGGAUUUGCAAGCAUGGCGCAGUACGUACACGAGUAUGCUAUGCAAUACGGUGGAGCUGAUCCCCGCCAUACCUUCAAGCGCUACAAAAACGCUCGAGAACGUAAGAACAGCAACACAGGGUUCGGAAUCACGGAAGAGAUGCUGGCGAAUGGAAUCACGGUCGACCACAUCAUCGAGAAGGCGUGUCCGUUCUACAAGAGGAUGGACGCAAUGUUUGCAGAGCAAGCCAGCAUUAAUCCAUAA